UUUGUCAGGAUUGAGAGGUUUCAGCCCACAAGCUGGAUUUUUGACUCAGGAAUAAAAACUGGAUUCUGCUCUCUUUUUGUAAAGUUUCUGGGUAAAUGGCCCAACCACAGAGUUCUGCAGAUUUUGGCAUAGCUCAACAAAAUAACUAUUACUGCUACUGGCAAAGAGUGAAGCAGGAGUUCCAGCCCAGCCAGAGUUACCGCUAUGGCAACUGGUAUGCGCGACAGCACGGCUCUUACCUUCUUUCUGGCUACAGCUAUGGCUGUGCAGUGGAUGGAAAUGGACAGGACUGUUUUUCUGCGCAUGAGACCCCUGAACACACAGCUGGAACUCUGGUUAUGCCUAAGGAAACCACACCUCUAGCUGAAAACCAAGAUGAAGACCCACUAGAAGUGACGUGGUCUCAGUAUGUUGCCCAGGCUGAUCUCAAACUCCCAGAUUUAAGCAAUUCACUGGUCUCAGCUUCCCAAAGUGUUGGGGUUACAGAUCCACAUCUUCAUUUGAAUAUUGAGGAAUCAAACCAAGAGUUUAUGGUGAAAAGUGAAGAACUCUACGACUCCCUCAUGAAUUGCCACUGGCAGCCUCUGGACACAGUUCACUCCGAAAUUCCAGAUGAGACCCCGAAGUGAAGCAAGGUGUUCAUUAAACUCCGCAAUUAUCAUACUAAUUGUGUCGUCUUUUGUUUUGGGAAAAAAGUAGUUCUCCCAGGAAGGCAGUGAAUUCUGUAUAUAAAAACCAACU